AUGCACAGAGAUCCAGAGAGCAAUUCGUAUCCAUUUGCUCGAGUGAUUCCUAGCAACAAAGAAUACUUUUUCUGGGGCUCACCUACUUUAUGGGGUGCGCGAGAUAGGCUCGGAAGAGACGUCGUCAUAAAGAUGAUAUCUGAUGUCUCUUCUCCCUCCCACGAACUACGAGCAUUACAACGGCUAAAUCGCAAAGACCUUUACUCCGAUCCCUACAAUCACACGAUUCCUGUACUGGAUUUCUUAACGUUUGAUAACCUGGUAUUCGUUGUUAUGCCCAGAUGGGAGGAUGCUUUCAUCGCCGAAUUCACGAUAGUGAUGGAAUUGAUGGAAGUCACUAAAGCCUUCCUCGAAGUACUACCGAACAAAAUUGUCCAUCUGGAUUUCCUCUGCCAGAAUACAUCGAUGAACGUUAUUUUGGACAACCAUGAAUUAUAUAAUGCGAAAGACUUGCGACGUCUGGGGGAAGUCAAAUAUGCGCUUAUCGAUUUUGGAAACGCUGUGGUAUACCCUGAGGACACUGUAAUCGAAAACGUGGUUGCCACUCGUCCUCUCAACUACUGGCUACGUGAACUCCCCAAGGUGGAAGGCCCAUACAAUCCAUUCAAAGCCGAUAUAGCAUUCUUGGGAGCGGAGCUAGAAUACAAAGUUAGGCAUAUUGAACAUAUUGUUCCUGAUCUUGGACCAUUUUUCGGCAAUUUAAAAGGCAUGAUGGACGAUACGCAAUUUACUGCUCACCAAGCGCUAUCCCGUUUCCUGGAAAUUUAUGACGGCUUGACUCCUGAACAGCUUCAAAUGCCUGUGGUGACGACAGCCUGGAGAAACGGUAAAUUGACGUACAAGAAGCCAUGGCCCUCAAAACAGUAG